AUGUCAUCCUCCAGUAGUCCACUGACUGAGGAGCUUCAGUGCUCUAUAUGUCUGGAUGUGUUCACUGAUCCAGUCAGCACUCCAUGUGGACACAACUUCUGCAAGAUCUGUCUGAAUAAACAAUGGGACAACAGCCAGACCCGCAACUGUCCAUAUUGUCAAGAAACAUUCAAGCAAAGACCUGAUCUCAAGAUUAAUACCACACUCCGAGAGAUCGUAGAUCACUAUAAAAAGAAAAGUCCUGAGAAAAAUAUUGUGACUUUCAGUGAAGCUCUGUGUGACUUCUGUGAGGAACAACAGCUGAAAGCCCUGAAGUUGUGUCUGGUGUGUCAGAGCUCUUACUGUGAAACUCACCUGCAGCCUCAUUUUAAAGUGGCAGGUUUAAAGAAACACAAACUGAUGGAUCCUGUGAGUAAACUGGAGGACUAUAUAUGUCAGAAACAUGAGAGACCUCUGGAGCUGUUCUGUAGAGAUGAUCAGACAUGUUUGUGUCUGAUGUGUGCUGUGACAGACCACAAGAACCACAACACUGUUCCUCUAGAAGUGGAGAGUGAAGAAGAGAAGACUCAGCUGAUGAAGACACAGAAAGACAUGCAGCAGAUGAUCCAGGACAGAAUCAAGAAAAUUCAAGACAUCAAACACUCAGCAGAAGUCAGAAAAAGAAACACAGAGAAGAAGAAAGCAGCUCAUGUUGAGCUCUUCACUGAUCUCAUCCGCUCCAUUGAGAGAUGUCAGACUGAACUGCUGGAGAUGAUGGAAAAGCAGCAGAAAGCAGCAGAGAAACAAGAGCAAGAGCUCAUUGAAGAGCUGGAGCAGGAGAUCACUGAGCUAAAGAUGAGAAACACUGAGCUGGAGCAGCUCUCACACACUGAAGAUCACCUCCACCUCAUACAGAUUUACUCAUCCCUGUGCAGCCCUACAAACACCAGGAACUGGCCUGAGAUCAGUAUGAAGACUCAUAAGAGUCUGGAGGCUCUGAGAAGCGCUCUGACUCAACUGCAGGAAACUCUAGAUGAGAAACUCAUACAAACUGAGCUGAAGUGGAUGCAACAGUAUGCAGUGGAUGUGACUCUGGAUACAGCUUAUCCUAAACUUAACCUGUCUGAUGAUGGAAAACAAGUGAGACAUGGAGAUAUUAGACAGAAAGUCCCAGACAACCCAAAGAGAUUUGAUAGAUAUACAAAUGUCUUGGGAGUAGAGGGAUUCUCCUCAGGGAGAUUUUAUUUUGAGGUGCAGGUGAGGGAAAAGACUAGAUGGGAAUUAGGAGUGGCCAGAGAAUCAGUUACCAGGAAGGGAAAUAUCAUACUGAGUCCCACUAAUGGAUACUGGACUGUGUGGCUAAAGAAUGGGAAUGAAUAUGCAGCUCUCUCUGAUCCUCCUGUCUCUCUGUCUCUGAGAGUGAAGCCGCAGCGGGUCGGUGUGUUUGUGGAUUAUGAGGAGGGUCUGGUCUCCUUUUAUGAUGUGGAGUCCAGCUCUCAUAUCUACUCUUUCACUGGUCAGUCUUUUACUGAUAAACUUCAUCCAUAUUUCAGUCCAGAUCUAAACUAUGGAGGUAAAAACGCAGCCCCACUGGUCAUCACACCUGUUAAUUACAGUAAAUGAAUAUACCCCCCAAUAU